CUUUCUGGGGUACAUCCUGAGAAAAACUAACUCACAAUAGUGUAUAGAAUUGUGAUGUGAAGAUUUGGAACAGAAACUGCUGAGAAGGCGUGUGUGCACCCCUAGAAAUACCUGUGAGCCCCAACCAUCGGGUGCAGCUGGAGGGAAACCUUCCCCCACUGUACCCAGCGCUGUUUGCUCAUCCUUUACCCCAUUAAUUAAUAAAUUGAUUGCUGCUCGAAUAUUAGCCCAGUCAAGCUGCUUGUUUACACCCAACCCCUCCUUCCGAGCAGCCUGCGGGCCGCUCCCGGAGCCGCCCCGGGGCGGGACCGCUCCGCCGCCGGCGGCCGCGCAGAGGAAAUCUGGCCCUUGCUGGAGGCGCUGUUCGCCGGUAGGUGAGGGGCCCUCCGCCAGGAAAAAAGCCCAAAGCAACCGAAACCCCGCAAAAAAAAAAGCAGGAGGAGGAGAUGGAGGAAGCAGAAGAGGAUGACAUGACGUGUGGCGACCUGGGGAACGGACUGGGGAGAAGACCGGGAGGUGUUUAUGAAGGGGAAAACGUACAACAUUCCUAUUCAGUUAGAUCUAGGAAGGGUUCUGGGAAGACUUGUAAUCCCCCCUUGCCAGCAAAGGUGGCAGAAGAAGGCGAUGCUGCAGCUCUUCCCGCUCCAAAACGAAACAGCUUCCACGACGGAUCGCUCAAAAAACCUGCCUCUAGUUCCACACGGCAGAAUAGCUGUGAAUCUAACACUGAAGUGUCAAACAAGGAACUGAAGCAACAACUCCGGGAAGCUCUGGAGGAGCUUGAAAUUCUGAAAGUUGAGCUUGAGGCGUCUCAGAGACAGCUCGAAGGAAAGGAUGAAGCCCUGAGAAUCCUGCAGAGCAUGGCAGUCUUUGAUAAAGCCACGAGCCACACAAAAGCAAUGCUUCAGAAAACCGAGGAAGAAAAGAGGACUCUAGAGAAGGUAAGUGAAAUAAAUAUUUUGCAGUGGGAAAUUGAGUUUGAUCAGGACAGAUUUAAAAACGUAGAGGACGCCUGGACGGAAAAAUAUGACAGGAUAUACUGUGAAAAUGCAGCUCUUAAGGAAGCGUUGAAACUGAGGACAGAAGAAGUUAGAACACUUAAGGCUGAAAAUGCAAUCCUGAACCAGCAGUGCUUGGAAUUCCUUGCAAUGCUAGACGUGAAACAGCAGAAGGUUUUUCAGGAGAACAUGAUGUUCAACAAAAGUGACAUCACUGAUUUCACAGGUCUUGAGGCGGAAAAUCUGAAGAAGAGCAAGGACGAAGCGUACAUCACGGCAGAUGCCUUCAGAAUUGCGUUUGAGCAGCAGCUGAUGCAGAGGCAGGAGCAGGCCCUGAGGCUGGCAGAAGUGAUGAACCUGAAGAAGGAAACCAGAUUUGCAGGCUGGAGGCGCCUGCGGGGCGCUGAACGCAUCAAGCUGGAAGGGAACAAGAGCAGCCUGGGACAGAAGCUGUCCAGCCUGCUCUCCUCAGAGGGGGACUGCAGGAAGGUCAAGGAGCUGGACAGCGCCCACGAGAUCCUGAGGAUGCUGAUCGAUCUGGUGAACGACAAGGAGGAGGCCCUGGCGCACCAGCGCAAGGUCAGCUACAUGCUGGCCCGGGCGGCGGAGGCCGGGCUGGGGCAGGACGGGGGGCACACGACGUGUGGCCCCGCCCCUUUUCCCCGGGCCGCGCCCCACGGCGGCCGUGGCGGGAAGCGCACGCGCAGGGCGGGGGUGGGCGGUGACGUCGGGCGCGGGCGCGCAGGCGCGCUGCGCGCAGCGGAGGGUCCAGGCCGCCGCCCGGAGCCGCCGGCGGGGCUGGGGCGGGCCCUGAGGGGAGACGGCCCCGAGACGGCCCCGAACCGGCCGGGUUAUCACCACUGA